AUGUCAUAUAAUAAUAGCAUCACAGACAACAUCAGAUACAAAGAUUUCCAUGACAUAUUAGAAAACAUUGCAGGUAUAGGUGACAGAUUGUAUAAAAGGAGAAAAUGGAACAGUACAAUCAGCAAAAAAGGUGGAAUAGUACUCAGUUCAAGAAAAGUUCAAAUAAGAGCAAAUAGAAAGAAAUUCGAUCGACAGGAAAUAAGUAGUACCAUCAAACCCAUACUCAAUUGCCAAGGAAUAAUACUCAAAAGAAGAGCAAGAGAAGCACAAAAUCAAUUCCAAAUAUCAAUAGUUUAG